CCCUUGAUUGCAUUUGUUAUAGUAAUAAGUAUUUGGGUGCGUCGCAAUAAUAGUGGUUAAGAAGCUCUGGAGCCAAUGAAUGCCUUUAAAAGAGAAUUGCAUUUUUCGACUGCUUGAGCUCAGUUCUAAUCUGGGGUUUGGCCAAAAAUUCAAAAUGGAGGUGGGGCUUGUUGGGUUGCUGAGAACAGCUUGGAUUGCAUCCACACUGCCUUUUCUCUUAGCUUCUGUACCCUGUUCAGGGCUGAACUCGUUUUAUGAACGUCUUAUGGUAUUUGCCAAGCGAGGGAAAAUCAUGCAAUCUUCCUCGCAGAAAUUCUCAGUUCCUCAGAAGUUCUUCAUUCAUUUCUACAUAGCGGCUGUUGUGUGGACAGCUUUACUUCUUGUUACGACUUGGAUGUAUGCAUGUAAUGUGGUGCCAUUCGAGAAUCACUCUACUGGAGGUCCACAUAUCAUUAGUGUUUGGCGUUCAGUGUUUCUGCUUUUAUUGAUGGAAGUUCAGCUCCUGAGGCGCCUCUUUGAGACACUAUACGUAUUCAACUAUAGCUCCUCGGCUAGGAUGCACAUUUUAGGAUAUCUGACUAGCUACAUUUACUACACAGUUGCACCCUUAUCACUUUGCUGCAACCACGCUCUUGAGGUCUAUAAAUUUUCUCUAAAUGGAGUGGCUGAGUUCCUUUUCAAAGGCAAUACUAGUAUGCUAGAAUAUGAUCGAUUGGAAUUCAUGAGUCCUCUUUUGAAGCUUGGGUGGCUCCAAUGGACUGGUGCAGCUAUAUUCUUUUGGGGUUGGAUCCACCAGCGCAAUUGUCAUAAAAUUCUUGGCUCAUUACGGAAAAACAGAGAACAAAAUGUUGCGUAUAUGAUCCCUUAUGGUGAUUGGUUUGAAAUUGUUUCAUCUCCACACUAUCUUGCUGAGAUAGUUAUAUAUGUUGGUUUUGUGGUCGCUAGUGGAGGAGUAGACCUCACAAUCUGGUUACUACUGGGAUUCGUGGUGUCUAACUUAACGUUUACAGCAGCGAUUACACAUAGGUGGUACCAUCGGAAAUUCGAAAAUUACCCCAGCAAUCGGUAUGCCAUUAUUCCACUUGUAUACUAAGCAGAGGCACAUAAUUGCUUGUGCAAAGUUGAUUUAACAAAUUACCACUAGAGUUGUUUCUACAAUAACUACUACGAAAAUUUUCACAUAAGUCUCGAGGUGGAAUGACUUGGAGGAUAUGUGAAAAUUUCUAGUAAGGUGCGCGAUGUUGACAUCAAUGUGAUUAUGUGGGAAUAAUUCAAGUUCCAAGUGAGCCAUGUGGGUGCAAUCCGAAUCUAUAUGCUUUCCAAUAAUUCAA